AUGGACACGAUAUAUAGCAUAUUUAAGGGCAACGUUGUGGAGAUGAUUGUAUGUGCUACAGGAUGGCCAACACCAACUGUGAAAUGGUUUAAGGACGGUAAAGAGAUCGUAAGUGAUGGACCCACUGGUCAUAGGAUGAACGAGGCAUACAUCAUCUUAGGUCCUGAUGACGAGGGUGACUACUCAUUAGAAGCCACCAAUAGGCUUGGAGUAGCUCGAACUGAAGGUGUAUUGAGUAUAGUUCGGCCAAGGCAGUUUGAUGGCUAUGAACCUGAUGAUAGGGGCGGUAUGCCGUUCCCACCAGGUUUCGUGCGCCAGUUGAAGAACAAGCAUGUGUUUAAUCGGAUGCCGACGAUCUUUGACUGUCUUGUGGUCGGCUACCCACCUCCAGAGGUUGAUUGGUUCCACAACGGAACAAAAAUCACUCCUGGAGGUCGAGUUAAGAUUCAGGCGUGUGGUGGAGGUUCACAUGCGUUGAUCGUCCUCGACACCACCCUUGACGACAUUGGCGAAUACAUGGCUGUCGCCAGAAACUCCUACGGAACUGCCACUUCGUCGGCGAUUCUCGACGUCACCGUACCCUACCUUGACAACAUCAAGUUCAAUGGUGAAGUGGAUGUGACACCAUAUCUUACCGAAGAGUACGGCUUCAAAAAGCCCAACUAUGCUAAUCUACCGACACCACCAGAUCGUGGCCCAUUCAUUAAAGAGGUCACCGGCCACUAUUUGACUUUGUCAUGGAUUCCAACUAAGCGAGCAGCACCACGAUAUCCACAAGUUUCAUAUGUUGUUGAGAUUCGUGAACUACCCGAAAAGGAUUGGACAGUGCUUGACUACAACAUUCCUGAACCAGUGUGUAAGGUGCGGAACCUCGAACUAGGCAAGUCGUAUCAGUUCCGCGUCAGGGCUGAGAACAUCUAUGGAAUUUCGGACCCAUCGCCUGCAUCUCCUCCAUCGAGGCUAAUGGCACCACCGCAACCUGUUCUGGACAAGAAGACAAAGAAGGUGAUCCCGUUGCUAGAUCCGUACGCCGAAAAGGCAUUGAAUCAGGCUCAUGCUGAGCAAUACGCUUGUGCUCCAUGGUUUGUUCCUGGAGUGGUUGAGAAGCAAUACUGUGCUGAGAACGACACUUUGACGAUAACAUUGAACGUUGCCGGUUAUCCAGAUCCUGAGAUCAAGUGGAAGUUCCGAGGAUGGGAUAUCGACACUUCCAGUCCGACUUCAAGGUGUAAAGUCUACACCGUUGGUGGAACAGAAACCACACUUUUGAUUAAUUCGUUCAAUAAGGAUAAUGUGGGUCAAUAUCAGUGCUUUGCCACUAAUCCAUAUGGUGAGGCUCAACAGAAUAUCAUGGUCGAUCUUGCAAUUCGUCCAACUUUUAUCCAACCACUCAACAAUCGAACUUUUUCCGACAAACAACCGAUGAGGCUUGACGAAUGGCGACCGAUAGUUGAGUCGUCGCGGGUGAAAUUUGCACAAGAUGGUCCUUACCUCUGCUCGUUGAUCAUCAACGAACCGAUGUGGCGAGACAGUGGUGUCUACACGUGCAUCGCCGUAAACGCCGCCGGCCAGGCGACCACCUCCUGUUCGAUUACAGUAGAAGGUAAUGUUGAUUGUGCUAUCGCAUACUCAAAUUCAUUUCCUUAUCGUUUUGUAGCGCGAGAGCGAAAUUAUUCAACAUUUACUGAAUAA